CGCAGAGCAGGCGACAGUUUCACGGAUCUCGAUCUCGGAGCGGUUCGUUUCGUUUCAAACUUUGAGAUAGUUUCGUUUUCGGGGAGGGGACAACUAACUACAGUGUCGGUCGCGUUCGUGGAAAGAUAAAUAAAGUGGAAUAAAAAGAGGAAAACAACAAAAAAACCCACAGAGGGGGCCCAGCGUGUUUUGAAAUCGGUUUUUGGCAUCGACAAGCGCCGAAACUGCAACUGCAAAUGCUGUACAUGAACCGCACGGAUAAUCGCCCCCAUUUGGCACUAAUUAAAAGGCCAGCGAGCGUGUGAUAAGCUGCCAGUAAUUAUAACAAUAAUUAUAACGAUAAUUGGCAGCCGGGCCAAGUUUAAACCGGCCAUUUCCAUGCUUCAUGCGCUCUGAAGUGUGGCCGAGUCGAGACGCGUGUAGUGUCCAGGAGCAGUCCGUUGCAUAACCCUCCGAAAAACGAGUUCGCGCAUCCCUAUAUCUCAGUGCAGGCAACCUCCGCGGAAUGUAUAUAGUAUAAAUCAUAUAAUAUAGGCGGUAUAAAGUGCGAAAAGUGUAUGUAUAAAAGGCUCAUCAACCGAAAUCUUCUGUAAUUCGCUCAAUUGGCGCGUUCUGUUGUCCGGCGAUCAGCGUUUGGCGGCCUGUAUCCAAGAGAUACUUUCUGCUCUGGAUAUCCAGUCUCAUCUGUAUCUUUUCGUCAUUUUUCGGCGUACCCAAGUUAAGAGUUUAACCUAAAGAUGGCCAUUAGCAAGAUUGCUCUGUUGGUUAUUGUGGCCCUGACCUCGCUCUGCGGCUUGGCCAGUGCAUCCUACAGAGUGGGCGUGGGUCGAGCGGACAUCACUGGACCCCCAGUGGAAAUCAAUUUUAUGGGCUAUGCCAACAUCAAGCAGGUUGGCCGUGGCAUCCACACCCGCGUCUUUGCCCGCGCCUUCGUCGUGGAGGAUGAGGACGGCAACCGCGUGGCCUUUGUGAGCGCCGAUGCCGGAAUGAUGGGCUAUGGAUUGAAGAGAGAGGUGGUGAAGCGCCUGCAGGCUCGCUAUGGUAACAUUUACCACACGGACAACGUGGCCAUCAGUGGCACCCACACCCAUGGAGCACCUGGAGGCUUCCUGAUGCACCUGCUCUACGAUAUCUCUAUUCUUGGGUUUGUGCCUCAGACCUUUGAAGUGAUGGCUCAGGGAAUAUAUUUGUGCAUCAAGCGCGCCACGGACAACCUGGUGGACGGCAGGAUCUUUUUAUCGAAGAGAACCGUUUAUGAUGUAAACAUCAACCGCUCACCGAGCUCUUACCUGCGGAAUCCUGCCGAGGAGCGGGCACAGUACGCCCACGACACGGACAAGCAGCUGACCCAGCUGAGAUUUAUGGACAUGGAGAACAACCUGCUGGGUGCCUUCAACUGGUAUGCGGUGCACGCCACCUCGAUGAAUAACACCAACAAGCUGGUGACUAGCGACAAUGUGGGCUAUGCUGCUUUGGUUCUGGAGAAGGAAUACAAUCCCAACAAGAUGCCCGGCAAGGGAAAGUUCGUGGGCGCCUUCUGCUCCUCCAAUCUGGGUGAUGUCUCGCCCAAUAUAAUGGGUCCCAAGUGCUCGAUUUCUGGAAAUGAAUGUGAUUUACUCACUUCCCGUUGUCCUUCCGGCGAGGGCGAGUGCUUCGCCUCCGGACCCGGCAAGGAUAUGUUCGAGAGUACCCAGAUCCUGGGCAAUAGGCUGGCCGACGCCGCCUUGGGAUUGAUUAACGGACGACCGGCUGAUCCUGAUGACAAGUUCUAUCUGAACCGGGAGGUGACCGGCGAUGUGCGUUUCAUCCACCAGUUCGUGGACAUGCCCAACUACAAUGGCAGCACCUACAAUCCUCUGUCCCGCAAGAUCGACAAGGUGCGUGGUUGCCAGCCGGCCAUGGGCUACAGCUUUGCAGCGGGAACCACCGAUGGUCCCGGCGCCUUUAGCUUCGAGCAGGGAACGACCACGGACAAUGCCAUGUGGAACUUUGUGCGUGAUUUUAUAGCGGCACCUUCGCAGGAGGACAUUGCAUGCCAUGCGCCCAAGCCAAUCCUUUUGGCCACCGGAAGGGCUACUUUCCCCUACGAGUGGCAGCCCAAGAUUGUCUCCGACCAGCUCCUGAAGAUUGGUGAUGUGAUCAUUGCCGCCGUGCCCUGUGAGUUCACCACCAUGGCGGGUCGUCGACUGCGCAAUCAAAUCGGAGCAGCUGCCUCUGCCACGGGAACGGACACCGAGGUGAUCAUUGCCGGACUGACCAACAUCUAUACUAGCUACACGGUGACUCCGGAGGAGUACCAGGCGCAGCGCUACGAGGCAGCUUCCACGAUCUUUGGCCCGCAUACCCACUCCAUCUACAUGGACGUCUUUGAGCGUCUGACCAAGGCCAUGAUGAAUAACCAGACAGUGGAACCGGGUCCAAGUCCGCCGUACAUGAACGAUGUGAUGCUGUCCCUAAAUACGGGAGUGUUGUUCGACGGACAUCCCAUCAACACGGACUUUGGUUACGUCAAGUCACAGCCCAACAAGGAGUACGGCAUCAAUGACACCGUCAAGGUCACCUACAUCUCCGGCAAUCCGCGCAACAACCUCUUCACCGAGAAGACCUACUUCACCGUCGAGCGCAAGAUCAAUGAGGAUCGAUGGAAGGUGGCUUACACGGACGCCAGUUGGGAGACGAAAAUGAUCUGGCACCGGACCAACACGAUCCUGGGCUUCAGCGAGCUGGAUAUCUACUGGAACAUUAGUCCGCAAACGCUUCCUGGGGAGUAUCGCAUCCGGCACUCGGGCGAGUACAAGUACAUCCUAGGCGGAAAGUAUCCUUAUGAGGGCUUAACGCACUCCUUCACAGUCAAAGAGGAUUAGGAUUGGAUCAUCACAAUAGAAGGAGCUGUCCUAUAAAUAUUCCUGGCCAGACAGUUGUCGGGCCCAUCAGAAAAAGAAAACAAAAACCAACACUGAAUCCAUGUAUUUAUUUACCAUUUGUAAGUGACGAAGGAAAAGCUUUAUUUUUGCAGACGCGAAUAAAAAAAGAUGCCAAAUUUUGUUAACAAUAAA